GUGGGAGACAAAGAUUGUUGUGGAUCGGGGCUUAUAUAAGUAUCAUUCCUUUGUAAGAUGAGUGUGUUUUGGGAGAGUUUUCAGCGUAUAGAAUUCUUGUAAAUGAAUUUAUUGGGCAAGUCAUUCAAGGUAUCAGGUGGAAGAGUGUGUGGCUUGAACAAGGACUGCUCACCAUGCCAAGUUGGUCAGGCGCUUUGUCUGGAUGGGCUGUGCACUUGUUUGGACACCAUGGCCAAUGCUAAAUCAGGUGGAAGAGUGUGUUGUUUGAACAAGGACUGCUCACCAUGCAUGGUUGGCCAGGCGCUUUGUCUGGAUGGGUUGUGCACUUGUUUGGACAUCAAGGCCCAUGCUAAAUCAGAUGAUACCCUAUGUAACACGGACAAGGAGUGCCCGCCAUGCAAAGACGGUAGGCGGUAUUGUUCCGAAGGGUUUUGCACUUGUCUGCCCAACUAGUCCUGUGUUUUCAAAAGUGAACUUGUAGUUGCAAUGGAGACAUGGACCGUGCCAGCCAUUGUAAACCAAAUGUUUGCUUUUGUUUUUGUUGAUGAAUUUUUUUCUAAACCCUAUUAAUGUUAGUAGUGUUUAUUGUGUGGA